AUGCCCGCGACGCCGUUGCAGCUACGCUCUCGAGGCUCCCAGACAGGACUGAACACGCCGCAGCGAGCGGACAGCCCGUUCCGCCCGAGUAUCGCAACGGAGUCCAGGAGGGCACUAGGGCUGGCGAGAGACCCGGGCACGCCUGUUGGACGUCUGCUGGCAUCGGAAGGAGUAGCAGUGAGGAGUCCACGGCGGGUCAGGCAGCGGUCGUGGCAGGAAAGGGCACGAGACUGGCCUUCGAAUGCUCUGCUGUCGCUCGAGACGUCCGUCCAGCUCCUCUCGUUCGACGCCGCCGGCUACCCUCUCGGAAUCGCCCUCAACGUCCUCCAUUUCCUUGUCCGCCUGCCCGGGUUCUACUCCGCCCUUCCAUCCUUCUCUUCCAUCUUCCGCUCAUCAGCAUCCACAGCAAGUCGAUACGCCCGCCGAGUGGACUUCGACCUCGCAGAUGCCGACGCGCGGCUCGAAGCGCUUCAGCGGCAGACACGGUCUGGGCAAGCGGGAGGCUGGAGCUGGUGGGCGUGGUGGUUGAGCGUCGGGUUUAUCCUGCUAAGCGUCGGCAAUGCGGUGUAUCUGGCGAGUCGGCGGCGGAAGUACCAGAUGGUGUUGCGGAAGGACCCGAUUGCCUCGCCUAACGCUCGAUCGGCUCAGCUCGACUUCUCGCCGACGAAGCGACGACGCAGCCUGGCCGAGUCAGUCAAGCAGUCGGUCAAGGACUUCGUCUGGAAGAGCCAGCCUGAAGAGGCGCAGGUCUAUCCGGUGCAGGAGCUCGACGUCUGGACGCCGGAACGCGUCAAGUGGUCCCUGCGCAUCUUUACCGUCUAUUCGCCACCUAUCGCCCUGAUGUACCACUUCCUCUCACCCUCCAACUUCCUCUCCUUCCUCCUCUGCGGCACGCUCUUCACCCUCCAAACCUUCCUCCUCGUUCACCUCUACUCGACCCUGAUCACCGACCGCGCUGCACUACAAGCCGAGGUCAUGCACGAGUACAACGCCAAAUUCGUCAACCCACGUGUGUUUGUCGCCAAGCGCGACGCGUGCGUCUCGACGAGCCAGGCGGAGAUGGUGCGGCCGGAGGACUGGCUCGCGGCGGGUCCAUCGUCGUCGAGGCGACGAGUCACGGUCCACGAGACGGAGAGCGGUGACGAGGUGAUCAGAGCGGGCAGCGGGCGCAAGGUCAGGCGGAGGCAGAGCGAGAUGCCGUCGAGGUCGUCGUCGUUGCAGCUGCAGGAGGACGAAGAAGCGGUCGACUCGCCCGCUCCGUCGCGGCGUCGUGCCAGGGCGUCGAUGCUUGCGUAG